CGGCCAAUGAGCGGCGGGAGCGGCGAGUUUGAAAGCCAGGCCGCGGGCGGGCGGCGGUUGAUUGACGGUUGGGGGGGGGCGGCGUCAUGCGCGGCCAUGUCGCACAAGCAGAUUUACUAUUCUGACAAGUACGACGACGAGGAGUUCGAGUAUCGGCACGUGAUGCUGCCCAAGGACAUCGCCAAGCUCGUGCCCAAGACCCACCUGAUGUCCGAGACCGAGUGGCGCAACCUGGGCGUCCAGCAGAGCCAGGGCUGGGUCCACUACAUGAUCCACGAGCCAGAACCGCACAUCCUGCUGUUCCGCCGGCCGCUGCCCCCGAAGCCCAAGAAGUGAGCGCCCGGGCCCGCCGGGGCCCCGAUGCCCCCACGGCCCCCCGUCGCCCGGUGGAAGGUGUGCCCCCCGAGCGCCCGCCACGGCCCGGGCCGCUGACGACGGAUGCCCGCCUCGGCCCGCCCGCCCUGUGAUCCCAACCCUCCAAUAAAGACAAACGUUUUCCUA